AUGCAGGACUUUACUGCGCUGGUCUCCUGGCCGGCUGCACCGCUCACGGAUUUUCUCGUCCGGAAAUCCUUACUUUCUCUUGAUCCUCCUCCAUCAACCGUCACAUCUCUCCCGGAAGACUACGUUUCAUCUCCGAGAAACCUACUCCAGUGGUCUACCUACGACUUGAUUGACCAUGACCUGACGCAUUCAUACGGCGCUGAUUCCAGAGUUCUAUCCUCAUCCUAUAUCAUACGCAAGGCGCUCAUCCGCAAACACUUUCUCUCUCGGUGCAUACACAAUUAUCUCGUAAAGCAUCCGGAGUCACUCCUGAGUUACGCGUCGCCGCAAACAUGGGAGCUGGAAAUCAGCUAUGCUGACGAGCUGGAUGAGAUGUGGAGCGAUGAUUUGUACGAUCUCGGACAGGAACUGGACAAACGGUCUAACCGAUGGUGGAUCCUGAAACCUGGCAUGGCGGAUCGCGCGAUGGGAAUCAGGCUUUUCCACAGCAAGGAGCAGCUACAAAGAAUAUUUGAAGGAUUCGACGAAGACUCUGACGAGGAGGAACGCCCAGGGCUCGAUACGAACGUCGUUACCUCUCAGCUUCGCCAUUUUGUUAUUCAAGAAUAUCUCUCCAACAGUAUUCUCGUGGAUCCAUUGGAGGUCCCUCUAGACGGAAGGCCCAAACCGCGUCUCAAGGACCUCCACGGACACAAAUUCCACCUACGCGUAUACUGCGUCGCCUCUGGUGCCCUAACAGUGUACAUGUAUACCCGAAUACUCUCUCUGUUCUCCGCCGUGCGGUAUGCUGCGCCUACCUCUGCAGUCAACGAUGAAGAUGCCGUCAAUGGAGACCUUGCGGCACAUCUGACGAAUACGUCCUUGCAGGGUGAGCGAGGUGAGGCCGGGGUCAGACUGCUGGAUGAACUUGUGGGGUGUCAUAUUCUCUCGGCAUCACCAUCUCCACAGGAACAUAAACAACCUGCACCGCCGAGGCACCAGCCUCGGCCUCCACGGGCUAUGGGUGAAGUCCUCGAAGUAGAUCACGUUCGCUCUCUCAGUCAAGCACAAGUCAAAGAAGCGCGCCGAACGGCAGAAGCACGCCACUUAUCGCCAGUCCUCGCGCAGGAAGAUAUCGAGGACAUAAAGGCACAAAUCUCCGAUGUCCUUGCAGAGACAUUCAAGGCCGCUUUAGAAAUGAGCGUUCAUUUCCAGCCUCUUCCAAAUGCCUUCGAGCUCUACGGGGUCGACUUCCUCGUCACGCAUACUGCACCAUUCUCAUCACCAAGCACACGCAAAUAUCAGGUGCACAUUCUCGAAGUCAACUCAGAGCCCGCUAUUGAACUCACCGGACCGCGCCUCACCUGGAUCUUGGAGGACCUCUUCCGCGCGAUAGGCAAGGUCUGUGUCGCUCCAUUUUUUACACCAGUACAGUGUAAGGAAGGUGAGGAGCAUGACAUUUCAACUUGGCAGGUCGGGGACACGAGGGAAGCGUUGAGGAAGUGUUUGGAGGUGCAGGUUAGAGGAGCCGGGAGUUGGUAA